AUGCUGUUGGACAGAGGUUAUUGUACUAUUGGCCGCUUGGUGAGCCUUGCUGGUGCUCUGUUACCUGAGAAGGUCCUGUGGGGACUGAUGCUGAUUCUGUCUGUUGUGAUAUAUGGUUCCCAUGCUCCACUCUUGACUCUCUGUAAAGAAAAUGGCCAGAUCCCAUUCAGUGCCUCUUCUGUGGUGGUUUUGAUUGAGUUAACAAAGCUAGCGCUUUCCUUAUUUUUCUUGCUCAUCUGGGACUGGAAACAACUAAGGAUCUCCGUAUCAUGGUAUCAUGCUGCACCUUUUGCUCUCUCGGCUUUGCUGUAUGCAGCCAACAACAACUUAGUGGUUCAUUUACAGGUGUUUAUGGAUCCUAGUACGUUUCAAGUACUAAGCAACUUGAAAAUUGGAAGCACUGCCCUUCUUUUCAGUUUUUUCUUGCACCAAAGACUGACUCUACGCAAGUGGCUAGCCCUUGGCCUGCUGACAGCUGCUGGAGCAUUCUACACAUAUGGAGGCCUGCAGGACCUAGAGCACAUGCCUGCCUCUGACAUGCAGCUGCACAUUACCCCCAUUGGCCUGCUGCUGAUCUUGCUUUAUUGCCUGAUUUCAGGCCUCUCUGCGGUCUAUACCGAAGUUGUUUUGAAGACCCAAGACCUGCCUCUUAACCUUCAAAAUUUGUUCCUUUAUAUUUUUGGUGUUGUGUUGAAUGUGAUUAUCCACCUGGCAAGCAGCUCAGUAGCUGGGUUUCUAGAAGGUUUUUCAUUUUGGAUACUGUUAGUUAUUAUAAGCCAAGCCUUGAAUGGUUUGAUAAUGUCUGUGGUCAUGAAGCAUAGUACUAAUAUCACUCGACUUUUUGUGAUCUCCUGUUCCAUUAUGGUUAAUGCUUUGCUCUCAGUCCUCCUUUUUAGCCUCCACCUCACUGCCUUUUUUUUCCUUUCUGUACUAUUGAUAGGCUUAGCUGUUUACUUGUACUAUGGGGUCAAAUAGCUUUGAUGCUUAUAUCUUGUGGAAGCCACCCUCAGCCCAAGAUGUAUUAUUGAAAAAGUGUAAAGAAUGAAAGUAUUAUGGAUCUUCCGAAAAUCACAUCUCAAUUGCUUGGGAAUAGCCUAAUUUUGACAGUAAGGAAGGAUAGACAAUUGGAGAUAAACGCUUGCAUUCUGCAUUUCUGGUAUGAUCUAUCUAUGUAUGUAUACCUUGUUUCACCCUAUACAAUGAAGAUU